UUGUAUCACGUGUAAAAAUAGAACUUGAAAAACGAAAAGAAAACGCAAGAGUUGACUCUUCUUUUCUUCUAAAUCCAAAUCCAAUAUUACAGCAGAGCUUGCUUUGUCGCGAAACGCCAUUCAGCCAUUGGCGAUCAAAUUUCGAAGCUUUUUUUCCAGAAACUGAAGAAAGUGAAGAAGGAAUCAUGGGAUUACAGAAGAUUGAGACGGGUCACCAAGACACAAUCCAUGAUUUUCAAAUGGAUUACUAUGGAAAACGUAUAGCCACAGCAUCAUCUGACCACACAAUCAAGAUUAUUGGAGUGAGCAACAACUCCCACCAGGACCUUGCUACCCUGAGUGGUCACCAAGGCCCGGUUUGGCAGGUCGCUUGGGCUCAUCCCAAGUUCGGGUCAAUCUUAGCUUCAUGUUCCUAUGAUGGGAAAGUCAUAAUCUGGAAAGAAGGUAACCAGAAUGAAUGGUCACAAUCCCAAAUCUUUGAUGAUCACAAAUCAUCAGUUAAUUCAAUCUCAUGGGCCCCUCACGAGGUCGGACUUUGUCUUGCAAGUGGAUCAUCCGACGGGAAUAUAAUGGUUUAUUCAAUGAGGUCGUCUGAUAAUGGUUGGGAUUCGACAAAGAUAGAUCAAGCUCACCCAGCUGGAGUGACCUCUGUUUCGUGGGCACCCGCCACUUCCCCCGGUUCUCUUGUAGCUUCUGGUGUACAUGAUCCUGUUCAGAAACUCUGUUCGGGAGGUUGUGACAAUACAGUGAAGAUUUGGAAGCUGAAUAACGGGAAUUGGAAGAUGGAUUGUUUCCCUGCUCUACAAAUGCAUACUGAUUGGGUUCGGGAUGUUGCUUGGGCACCAAAUUUAGGGCUCCCGAAAUCCACCAUUGCAAGCGCGUCACAAGAUGGGAAGGUGAUUAUGUGGACCGUUGCAAGGGAUGGUGAUCAAUGGGAAGGAAAGGUUUUGAACGAUUUCAGGACCCCGGUUUGGAGGGUAUCGUGGUCUUUAACAGGUAACAUAUUGGCUGUUGCAGAUGGUAAUAACAGCGUUACAUUGUGGAAUGAAGCUGUUGAUGGAGUUUGGCAAAUGGUUUCUACAGUUGAUUCUUAAGAUGGUAUGCUCACACUCUCCUAGUUUGUUCUCUUGUAACUUUGCGCGGUUUUUUAGUUGUUUUUUUUGUUAUCUGUUUUUCCCUGUUCUCUUUGAUUUACAGGAUAGUGUUCUGUUAGAAUAUUGUUCGCAUCAAUUCCUUAAACACAAACAUGGGGAUUCGUUAGAUUAUUACUAAUUUUAGUUGGUUCAAAUGGUA